ACCGAGAUGCGCUCAUGCAUGUCCUCUUCUCAACAUGCCCAAAAAGCUAUGGCGUCGAGUUGGAUCAGAUGCCUCUGAUACGGAGGCCGAGUUCUAGCCUGUCAACUCGGAGGCUCUUUAGCAAGACCUUUGUGGCGUCCAUACCAUUAGUUGGCCCCUGCGUAUCUCCUUGAGCCCCCGUCAUGACCUCGCUGGACCCGCACGCCGUCGCUAACGGGUGGCUUGAAGCCUUCCAAAGUGCGGCCACAGCCGCUGAUGUCGAGGCGCUAGUCGACUUGUUCCUCCCCACGGGUUGGUUGAGAGACCUACUGUGCUUCCAAUGGGACAUGAAGUCGCUCGGAGGGCAUGACAACCUGAAGGCAUAUUUGUCUGAGAAAGUGGACGACCGCACGAGGCUCGCGCGCGCGGGCCUAUACGACGUUCGCAUACAACCGACGUCAACGCUGGGGCCGCCCGUAGCGUUCCCUCUCCCCUCUGACCCAACCAAGAAAGGUGUUCAGGGGGCUUUUGAGUUUGGGCUAACCUCACCCCCAGCUGUGGGCCGCGGCUUCUUCCGUGUCGUCCAGAAUCCCAAUGGUGCAUGGAAGGCUCUGACAGUCUUCUUGACCCUGGAGGAUAUCAAGGGACACGAAGAGCCGCGCGGUCGUCCGCUGGGACUGUUCCCUGAUCUUUCCACGUACGAUGAAGUCAAGGCGAAGGAACUUGCGGCGAUUGACCAAGACCCAACUGUUCUCAUCAUUGGCGGUGGGCAGACGGGCAUGAUGUCCGCCGCCCGUCUCCGGAAGCUGGGCAUACGGGCACUCGUCAUCGACAAGAACCCCACGCUCGCGCAUGUGUGGAGGAACAGGUAUCCAAAUCUGACAACGCAGACGACGGCGCAUCACUGCUCGAUGGCCUACCAGCCCUGGCCCACUACUUACCCCAAGUACAUCGGAAAGGACAAGGUGGCCGACUUCCUUGAAUUCUACGCCAAAGCCCAAGACCUACGCAUCUGGCUGUCAAGCACUGUCGAUGGCGUUCCUCUUUAUGACGAGGAGAAGAAACGCUGGCAAGUGACAGUGAAACGUGACGGGCAGAAGGUGUACUUGGAGCCGAAGCAUAUUAUCCUCGCAGUAGGCAGUGGCCCGGCGAAUCUGCCGAAGGUGGAGGGAAUGAGUGACUUUGCUGGCAGCGUAUAUCACUCCGACGACCAUCGCGGGGCAGCGCCCUUUGCGGGAAAACGUGUAGUUGUCGUGGGAUCGGGCAAUGCCGGCCAUGACUUGUGUACUGACUUCGUUGCCAAAGGCGCUUCUAGCGUGACGAUGGUACAACGAAGCCCAACGUGCGUAGUCUCUGCAAACACUGUAGACAAGGCCGUCUUCGAGGUCACCUUCAACGAGAAAUACGCGAUCGAGGAUGCAGAUUUCCUCGGCAAUUCCAUGCCCCCAGGCCUCGGUAUGAAGAUGGCCGCCGGAGGCGGCACUGCGAGGCUCAAGGCCAUGGACAAGGACCUCUUUGACGGUUUGACUAAAGCGGGUUAUCAACUUACUUGGGAGGUGACACCGGGCGGAGGCGAGGUUGGGUUCCUUGGAUAUCUUCUUGCUCGCAUGGCGGCGGGAACCAUGCUGGACAGGGGCGGUGGCAAACUCAUCAUUGACGGCAAAGUCAAGGUCAAGAACGGUGAAAUUGUGCGUUUUGAGAACGAUGGUGUAAUUUUCGACGACGGAUCCCAGGCCGGUGCAGAUGUUGUCGUAUAUGCGACGGGUUACUUGCCUCUGGUUGAGAAUAUCAAAACGAUAUUUGGAGAGUCUAUAACAGAGCGUAUCGGCACGCAAAUGGAAGGCCUAGAUGAAGGAGGAGAAAUGAGGAAGGGUUAUAGACCCACUGGCCAGCCUGGGUUCUGGAUAGUAAUGGGGCCCUUCCCGUACGGUCGAUUCUUCAGCAAGCAUCUGGCUCUUCAAAUCCUAGCUGAGGAGCUUGGGCUAUCGUCAGCCGGUCAUAGCAAGCUAUAGAAACAAAGCCCCUGUCGUUGCAGAAUCUCGCAGUGAGGCACGAUGCGUGUCACGUAAUAUGUAUCCUGUAAUCUAGAAGAGUGUAAAGAAGCCCAGAGACACGGCCCUAGUUGCAUCGAAAUAUGAAGCUGUUCACGCAAAACAAAGUACACUACCACUGGAAGUUGAAUGUCUAUGGGCUCGAAUGAAGCUGUCGACAAGAUGGUUG